GCGCUUUUUUGUCCAGGGAGUCGGCACUUGAGCGCAUUCCUUGACGUGGAGGCUGGCGUACCUCUCCAAGGAUUUGAUGAAAACGUUCCCUGUAAAGCACAACGCGUUGGCGACAAAAACAAAAAGGACGCGUUUGAAAAGCUGGGGCGCACUCGGGAAAAACAACCAGGUCUGGAGUAAAAACCUCGGUAAAGUCAUCCGCUUGGAUAAAAAAAAGGCAGGAGCGCGACUGCGUUCCCUGAUUUGCUUCCACGGAGUUACGGGAAAACACUACCUGAAGAAGAGGAGUGGCGUGGGAGUAGAGGAGGAAGCAUCCUAACUGGGCUGGGCAUGGAGAUUAAAAGACUCUGCACCAUGAAGAUGUUUCUCAGCCCAUUGACGCCCUUGCUGCUCCUCCUAAUCCUUCCUGAUGGCAUCUUUUCGGGCGAAUGUCCAAAACAUUGCUCCUGUUCCACUCCUGAGUCCAUUUUGUGUUUCCAGAGACGUUCCUCAACCAUGCCCAAGGAACUAGACCCAUCCACAAAAAGCCUCUACCUGUUUGCCAAUGGGAUUGAAGGCAUUACGACAGAAGAUUUUGGUGGUUUAGAGAACUUGGAAAUGCUGGACCUCAGUCAAAACAAACUUACUCAACUGCCUGACAGAGUGUUUGAACCAUUGACAUCUUUGAAAAACCUGGAUUUGUCAUCCAACCAGAUCACCCACAUUUCAGAGGAAUGCUUCCAUGGUAUGGCACAGCUUGAGCGCCUUUAUUUGUACAGUAAUCAUAUCAAGACCAUUCACCCUGCAGCCUUUAGUGGCUUGGAACACCUAUUGGAACUCAAGCUGCAGGGUAACCAGUUGACAUCCCUACCCACCCUCUCAAUGCCCCGGCUGCUGCUGCUGGACCUUCGCUUUAAUGUCUUAACCACUUUGGGCCCUUCAGAUCUCCAGACACCAAACCUGGAGUCAUUAAAAUUGGGUGGUGUGGGGCUAACCAGCCUGAAUAAGGAGCUCAUAGUGAGUCUGAACAAUCUCCAUGAGCUGGACAUUUCAGGAAACCAUCUGGAGUCGUUUCCCUCUGCACUGAAGGAGACGCCAGGAUUGAUUCACCUCAACCUGGCUGGGAACCCAAUGGGUCCUCCAAAGGUAGAAGAUCUGCAGAAUCUCAGGGAGCUGUAUGAAUUGGACAUAAGCAGUCUCAGUCUACAAGGUCUUCCUGAAGAGUUCUCUCAGCUCUUCCCCCACCUGAAAAAGCUCACAGUGGCAGAAAAUCCCUUCAACUGCCUCUGCCACUUAGCAUGGUUCCCAACAUGGCUCAGAGCCCAGAGCAUCACUUUGGAGAGAACAGAAGAGACCCGCUGCCAUUUCCCACUUAUCAAUGCUGGAAAGGUCUUAGAAAGACUGGAGAACAAGGAUUUUGGUUGUCCAACAACAACUACAGUCAUUACUAAAACAGUGAAAACAACUACAACUACAAUCUCUGUUCCUGUCACCACCUUACCAACUACUACUAAAGUUAUUCAAGUCCCCAGGGCCAGUGAUCACCCAGCAGCCAAAGAGGAAGACUUGCUCCUACCACUUGCCACUGUACCAACCAGUGGCAGCAACACAGACUCAGAUGAAGAGGAGUAUUUCUGUCCCCGCACCUGUCUGAAUGGGGGUACUUGUCAUUUUGACCAGCAUGGGCAGGUACACUGUAUCUGUCAACAAGGCACCUCCGGCAUCUAUUGCGAAAUUAAGAACCAUUCUCUGCCACCUCCCCCUAAAGGUGAACAUCCCAAAAUUACCCCAGGUGUCAUUGCAGACACACCAGACAUCACCUCCCAUCAAGCAACCGCAACAUCAAUCCUGCUGGACCUCCACCGCUACAUCAAGACGCGGCCUUACAUUCGUGGAAUCCGAUUAACAUACCGCAAUCUGUCUGGGCCCGACCACAGGCCGAUUCAGCUGAGCCUUCCAGCAUCCCUACCAGAGUAUACACUUCGAGGACUGAAUCCCAACUCAACGUAUGCUGUAUGUGCCAGUCCACUAGGUGCUCCUAGUGGUACAGACAGCGUCUGCACUGAGGCUCAUACGACCCCUGACAGGGGCCCUGAUGCACGAUCCGAGGGGCCAAAGCUUACCACUAUGCUGGUGCCUUCAACAGCAAUCUUGCUACUGCUGGUGUUGAUAGCAAUAGCAGUGGGAGUGGUAUGCUAUCUUCGGCGGAAGAAAGCCAAAGGCCACCUGGAGUUAGACUGUGAGCCCUCCCAACUAGAGCUGGAUGGAGUUAAGACGGGCUUAGAUAAUGGGGGAUUGCCUCACAAACAGCCUGAACUUAUGAUCUCCGAACCCGCGGUUCAAAAUGGCAGUCUGGAAUAUGAGGUGUUGCUAUUACAAGAUCACUGUACAUCUAAUAACAAUACGUCUUCACACAAGCCCUCCUACUUUUAACGGGUGGCUUUGACGAUACAGAUUUGAAGGAGGAUUUUUUUAUAUUUCAAAUCUGUCCCUCUGAGUGGAGUACAAGGAACAGAAACUGCUGCUUCAAAGUGGAGGGCACAAAACCAGCCAACCAACCAGCAAUGGAGAAGCUGGACAAACAUUUAACUCAUUGCCUGUUGUCCAAGUAGACAUUAAAUAUGUUCAAAACAUUUGUUUGCUCUUUAAAAAAGGCACCAACAAUGCUUCUACUCUACAAGCUAAAUUCUGCUCCAAUAAUAUUCCCUCACUUGUACUUCCAUGCUGUGAUGUUGGGACUGAUGUUGUGUUGGCUGAAAUUGAGGGUUAAGAGACGUAAUCAGCUCAUGUUUUCACCACUGAAAUGGGCUUUUGCUGCCUUUCCCCAUCACAACAGUCAAAUUAAACAAUUUCAGCAUUUUUGCUGCAUAGUGCAGCUCUUCAAUUCUACCCCAAAGGGAUCAGUCCAUGCUGUGAAAGACUUUUAAGACACCAGAUGAAGUUGUGCAGAUAAGAUAACUGGUGCUUGUAUUGCUAUAUUUCGAUCUAAAAUGUAGUUUUGUAUGUAUGAUAUUUUUUUUUAAAUAUCUGUUUCUUUAUUUUCUUACUGAGCAACUUUGUGAAUGUUGAAAUAUUUUCCUCCCGUUCCAUCCCACCUCUUUUGACUAACAGACAAAACACCAGAUUAAAAUGUUUCAAGAUUAAAACUCAUUUGGUACCAGUAAAGUCAGUCAAAGGGCUUUAUCCCCAGAAUAUCAGACAGUCUAAGUAGAUGUGAGUCUGGACUGGCUCAAGACUAAAUCCCCUUUCUCCACACUGAAGCCCUUUGGCAUGCUUUGCCCUCACAAAGGGAGAAUGGAGAACUACAGUACAAUAAUGUACAUGGGAAUACGUUGACUGACACCCUGUUGAUUCAGUGUUCAGCAAAUUGUGUUUUAAUCAAUUUAAAGUUUGUCUUUCAAUUUAUACUCAAACAAUUACAUAACAGCAAAAUGUGCAUUAUACAUCCCUUAUGUAAAAAACUGCUUGACCACAUGGUAUACACAAUUUUCCUUUGCACAGAAGGCCACAGUUUGAAUUUGAAUAUCCAGAUAUGCAGUCUCAAGGUGUUUUGUAAAGGACUAUGAGAUGCUCAGAGAUCCACUGAAAGAUUAUCAAAUAAACAGGAGUAUGGAGAUCCAGGUUCUUGAAUGCAAUGCAAAGAAGAGUUAAAGUAAUAUUAUUUGUGCAAAUGUGUUUGUGUACGUGUGCAAGGUAUCUGAACCUCUGUGAUAACACAAGCACAUGUUCCGUCUUGCACAAAGACCUGCAGAAAUCAGGUUACUAUCAGUCACUGCCUUAAUGUGCCCACAUGCCUGAGUGUACUUAAAUCCCCAGCAACUCUACCUAUAGGCAAAACACACCAAAGACACAUCUGUGAAUGCCUUUUAAGUUACCCACAUUAUUUCCAGUGAACAAUCUGAAGUUCCAUACAAACCAAACACCUUCAAAUAAAGUGAUGCAAACUGUAAGAUUUGCCUGUAAAAUAAAAUACAUUGAGGAUAACCAAAAGUAUUUUCAAUGUGGUUGUUAAUUUUUCCCUGUUAAUUUUGGGAAACUCUUUGUUGUUAUGUUUAUUUUGUAUAUUUUUUUCUAUUUUGUGAAACUAUUUGUAUAAAUGGAAAAAGUGAUAUGAUCAUUAAAUGAAU